AUGGGUUCUUGGUAUGAUUUACAUUAUUUUUGUGAGAAAAUGGUUAUUUUUGUUGCUUAUUGUUGUCUAGAAAGUUGCAUAUGAUUGUUUAAAUUUAUUUUAUUAUGGUUUUCGGCAGUUUAAAAGGGUUUUCUAGUUUUUAUAAAGAGUUAUAUUGAUGUAGGUAUGGGAAAGAUAGUGGAAUUUUGUUUGGCUUCAUUAUAUCGUUUUAAACCAUUUGUGUUUCAGUAAUUACAUCUUUGCUGGUUUGGUAGCUACAUCGGCUAUCUUGUUGUUGAGUUUUGACAUUGAUUUUCAAGCUCAUCACUUCAAGUAAGUUAUUCAUGGUUAACAUCUUUCUUUAUUCGAAUUUUUUAUAAAGUAAUGGUCGUAUGUGUGUGUAAUUUUGCAUAUGAGACAGUAAUAAUGGAUAGUGGUUUCUAUAUAUACAAACUUUUAGAUUUGCAUCUCCUCCAGAGUUUACAGGACCGCUAACACCAAACACAGCGCUUCAGAAUGCGAAUUUGAUCUUGAAAGGCAAGAUUUUGGGUCCAGAGAGCAUUUUGGUUGAAGGAAACACACUGUAUACGGGAACAUGGGAUGGGAAAGUGCUACAGAUUGUGAACGGUGAGAUCAAGAAGAUUAUAUACUUGAAUCAUCCUCUCUCAACAUGUGCAACAUAUGAUACUGAGCCAGUUUGUGGAAGACCGUUGGGAAUCAGAAGGUUGAACAAGGACUUACUGGUCGUUGCUGACUCUUACUAUGGUAUUUACACUGUCAAUGUUGUUAAAGGUAGGUAAUAUUAUUUUGGGAGUUGUAUUUUAUAGGUUUUCUUUGAGUUUUUAGGUAGUAUCUUACCUCAAACUCAAUUUUCAGGUGAAUCCAAGCUAAUAUUCUCAUCAAAGACAGUUAUUGGUGGAUACGCUUCAAAAUUCUUGAAUGAUCUUGAUGUCAUAGAUGAGGACACUCUUAUUAUAACCGACUCAUCGACUAAAUAUGGCAGAAGACAGUUCUUCCAUGUUGUACUAGCUAAUGCUCCAGAUGGUCGUAUUAUUGAAGUAAAAGUCUCUACAGGAAAGGCCAAGGUAUUGGUAUAUGGACUCAGAUUUCCAAAUGGAGUACAAUUACAUCCUAGCAAGGAUUCUGUUAUUGUUUCGGAAUGUACAAUGGCUAGGUUGCUUAGGUAGGGAGUUUAAUGGUGUUUUAUAUUGUUUUACAUGGUUUGAGGGCCACUUUAAUGAGUUUUUAGUUGUUUAGUUGGCUUUUAUAUUAAUUUAUGUGUAAUGAAAGGCACUACGUAUGAAUUUUAUUAUAUGCUAGGCACUUUAAUGUUGUUUUAAAUUAUAAGUUUCUUCUUCAGACUCUACAUCAAAGGAGAAAAGGCAGGAGAAGUGGAAGUAUUUGCUGACAACCUCCCAGGCCUUCCAGACAACAUUCGUCUCUCUAAACAAGGAACUUUCUACGUUGGCCUAGCCAAUCCACGUAAGCCAGGCCAACUCAAUUUCCUCGACUUGAUUGGACCUUAUCCAUGGAUCAGAAGUGUGGUAAUGGGUGUAGUGCCAGAACGAACUCUAGUCACUCUGUUUGGCAAAAUUCAUGCUCAUUAUGGAUUGGUUGUGGAAUUGAACCAAAAGGGAGAGAUUAUCAAUUCUUAUCAUGAUCCAGAAGGCAAAGUCGUCGCUGAUGUUUCUCAGGUGUCAGAUGACGACAAGUAUCUGUAUUUGGGAUCGUUCAGAGCUCCGUUUAUUGCUCAAGUACCUAAGAGAAAAUAA